AGAUUUUCAAAGUUCUGUACACAAUGUAUUGGAAUGAGUUGAAUCCUCAGAAACGCAAUGUCUUGUUCAAGUUCGAUAAUUCGGAUGUGAAAAAAGACAAGGACCGAAUACUUGUAAAACUCAAAACAAAUGUAUUCAAUUUCGUUAGUUUGUUUUUAUCAUCUUCCAACAUACACGGUUUUAACCACUUGACAGACAACAUGAGGCAUUACACCGAGAAAUUUAUUUGGGUCAUUGCAAUAUGUUUGAGUAUCUACGGUUCAGCUAUACUUGGUUCAUCCACUUGGACUCGUUAUCAAGAAAACCCAACUGUGAUAUCCAUGGACAGAGAGUACAAGGAAUGGGCGACUGCACUCCCAGCAGUCACUUUAUGUCCUACGAACAAAAUUGAUGACCAACUUUUCGACGAACUAGUACAGAAAAAUUUUACAAACUACACAGAAGAGGAAAAAGAAGAUUUACGGACGUUUCUGGUGCAGUUGGCAAACGCCACUUACGGGACGUUUAACGAAGUGCCCGUGUACGAUCGGAUCUCGCCGAAUGAGUACUUGCAUUAUGUCAUGUCCCUGGGCGGUGCUAUAUCGUACACAAUCAGUAACAGUCACGUAGAAAUAUUUUCGUCGAUCGAAUUGGUGCCCAGUGUAACCGAGUUGGGCUUAUGUUAUUCGUACAACGGGUACGUUGCCCCUUACAACGAUUACAAAUAUUGGUUAAGACGCAACAUCAGCGAGUUCCCGAAAAUAGAAAUCAUGUCCGGCACUCCGUUGGACGGUGACAUUUUCGUUCAGAUAACGUCCAUGAAUUUCGGUUACAUGGGAUUUGUGCACUCCCCCUACGAAGUCCCCGACGUGGCGUGCCGCAUUUUCCCGUCACCAGAGAAUUUCUACAAAACGCUGGACGUGACAGCGCUGAGCAUAUUCAGUACGCCGGAAAUCAAAUACCUCUCGCCCAAGCAGAGGGGCUGCAGGUUCUUGGAUGAGAGUGAGUUAGAGAUAAGUCAGAUUUAUACGUACAACAUAUGCCGGAACCAGUGUCGAAUGGACCAAGCGAGAAAACUGUGCGGAUGUGUUCCGUACUUUUACAAGCCGCUUAAUAAAUAUAAAAUAUGCGAUGUCAAAGGGAUGCAUUGUUUGGAUCAACAUAAAGAUUUUCUUAUAAAACUCCGGAAUACAACUGGCGUUGAUGAAAAAGUAAACUGUGGUUGUUACCCACCUUGUGACGAUGUUAAUUAUAUUGUAGAAGGAGACAACACAAUUCAAUGGUUCUUAGGAACUAAUUUAAAGUGGGGACUUAUCAAAUAUCCUCGUAUGCGUUUGAAAAGAAAUGUUUUAUUCGGUUUCACUGAUGUUUUAGUUUCGAUUGGAGGCACAGCUGGUUUGUUUCUUGGAUGUUCAGUAUUAAGUUUCCUGGAGAUAAUUUACUUCUUCACAUUUCGUCUGGCAAUUACGUCAUUGUGUGAGAAAUAAGAAGCAUUUUUUUUAUUAUUAUUAUUCUACUACGGCAUUAACUAUUCUAUUAAUCUUAUACUUAUUGUUUUAAUUUAUCUAUUUAUCUCUAUGAUUAGUAAUUAUGAAACUUAGUAGAUCACAGUUAGUUUAAAUAGUUAUAUUAUAUUCUUUGUUGUUACACUAUUGUUAUUUUAAUGUUUCACUUAUAGACUAGUGAGUAGUGACUAAAUACUAUUACAAAAUGAACCA